CAUUUGUGACCUAGCAGUUUUUACCCCUCCAACGUCAACGUGAUUCAACAUUCUUGCAUCUCACACUCAAGCUUACUUAAGGUUAGACUAGGCAGCUAUUCACAACUGAACAGCGCCUCACUUCUAAACUCCUGCUGGACCGACAAUUGUUAUCAUCCAGAUAGUAUCUUUAGUUCUUCUCAAUGUACCGGCCGAAAGCCGACCGGGGUUUGUGGAAAAGACAGAAAUAAAACCCCCCGCUCCUAGCGCAACUGCUGGGCGACAACGCAGCCCAAACCCGACGGACGCAGCUUUCGCUGGUGUCUUAUUACCAACAUUCAUUUCCGACUGCUCGAGAACGACAAAUCACCGCCCAGUCGAGCUUAUGAAAACGCGAGCACUACCACGCAUUUUACACAGUACCCUAUCCUGAGAAUGAGACAUGCUGACAACUGUUGGCGACUGCCAUAUUCAUGAAACUAGACCAAGUGGCUUCUAUCUCUACAAACAAGAGGGACGCAACUUCAUAAGACUGUCUGAGUUUAUAGGUCGUUGGUCGAUGAAUCCAAAGCACCUCUGGCACAUCACGUUUUGCGUUGCAACACAGUCCUUCUCACCCGCUCCAACGGUCUCCCAAGAGAUAUACUUAGAAACGCUCCCCGAACGAGUACCAGUGCAGCUCCACAGUUGCUGCCAAGCAAAUUGUGGUUUACCCGGGAAAUGAAUCGCAUGUUAGAACGAACUCAAUCAUCCCACUUUUGAAAAGAACUGAUAUACUUUGAUAAUGCUUGUAUGAUUUAGUAUCGCUGAGUAUCUCAUGUGGAUGAUCAAGACUGGCUACUUCCACUGUACGGAUGCGUAGCUCCAGUAAAGUCAGCCAGGAAGCACGUGCUACGCUGUUGCCUUUUCAUCAGGCCACCAACAACUAACGCGCCAGCUUUGUAACUUUUCUACGCCUUUUAUCCCAGGGGGACAACUGAUUUUCUUGAUAAAGAUAUUUCUUAACAGCAGUGCUGUCUAUAUCUGCUACAACACUUUUCUCAUUCGUGGCAAGAUGGCGCCAACUUCGCCCAUCGACCCAAGCUCCCAACGGCGUAACAAUAUUUCUGGUCCCAAGCAUAUUCCUCCGUACCGGAUUGACCUUUCUAAGUCCCCAGACACACGUUAUGAACAGAUACCAGAAAAUUUCGGCCCACGCAUGCGGUCUCUGCGAGGUCUUUUCGACGAGAUACUGAGCUUCUUACCAAACGCGAUUCUUCGUCGUAUCGUUGCGAUAAUGGAGAAUUGUACACAUUUCGCGUGUGUUAUGGAUUCACAAACAGCUCAAAUUAGAUGGAUAAGGCGCGGGACAGUAAUUAGCAACAGUGAGUGGUUAUGAGAUAAGUUGAUGGUAGUUCUAUAGGCAGUUCAUAAUUUGCGCAGUACAAAUUUGUACACGACAGCUCGUUUGACAUACAGGUUGAGUAAUAUCCUAAUAUAUCAGUAACUACAGUGCGUUCUUUUGGUUAGCAUUCAUUUAUGAUCCUAUUGAACCACUGUCUGGUAGCCUUGGUUUGCCAUUAUUCAUUAAUGUAUGUAUGAAACAG